CUUUUAAAACAUACCAGCACCAUUGUCAUCUUUGUUACAAAACCCACAUAAACCCUAGAACUUUUAGAGACCAUAACUCAUUCAAUUUUUAACGAAAUCAAGCGAUUCUUGGGUCCAAAUUGUGUGUUUUUUCGAGACGAACAAGACUAACCGAACAGAAUUUCGAAAUUCUUCACGGUUUUUGAGAGUUUUGGACAUUUUUGGUCCGAAAUUUUGGGGGUUCUUGGUGGGUUUUUGCAAGCUUUCAUCCUUGGUGAUUAGUGCUUGUUUAAUCAUCACUUGAGGUAUGGCACGUGUUCGAGAGAGUAAGAAAGGGAAGACCCAAGAGGAACCGUCUAAAAGGGCUUCAAAGAAGGCAAAGAAACAACUUCUUGUUGUAGAGGAGUCGGACGAGUCGGAUCCGGAAUAUGAUGUUUCGGAUGAGGAAGAAGAAAUAGAAGAAGUAGAAGAGGAAGACGAGAAUGAUGAUGAGGUGGAGUUAGUGCUUGAUGAGGAUGGGAUACCGGAGUGGGAUGCGUCAAAGAGAUUGUCUAGGUAUCCUAUUGAACAUAGAGCGGGUAUGUAUCGUAAGAAGAUAGAACGAAGUAAACAACCUAGGAAAGAACUAUUUUUGUGUGAGAAGUUUAUAGUUUUGAAGGACUUUCAUGCAUUUGGUAUAGAAGAGUGUUUCAAAAAGUUAGGUUGGCUUGACUUCCUACAGUUUACCGGGGGCGAAGAGAUUUAUAUGGAUGAAAUUAUAGAGUGGAUGUCUAGUUUGGAAAAGGAUGAGGGAAAUAAUCCACCGGUUACUACUCGGUUGAUUGGAAAGGUUAACGGGGUGGACGUGGUGUUGUCAUUUGACGAGAUGAAGAGGAUAAGUAAGUAUGAUACUAAGGCUACGUUGAAGGGGCCAUAUGCAUAUCCUAAAGAGGCGGAGUUGGCGGAUGAGACAAAGACGGAAGAGUGGAAAGCGAGAGUUCGAAGUUUAUUUGAUUUGCCCCGGGGAGUCUUUAUGAUCAAUACGAUUUCGGUCCGUUACAGAGAGCCGACACCACAGUAGUGUUGGCCGACUUGACUUUGAAAUUACCCCGGGGAAUCGUGUGUGAUGUCAUUGUUAAAGUAGAGGACUUUUACUACCCAGUUGACUUCUUGGUUUUAGACUAUGUCUCAAUCGAUAAAACUAAACAACCUAAUGUUAUACUCGGUAGACCAUUUUUAGCAACUGCCAAUGCUUUAAUUGAUUGCAGAAAUGGAACAGUUGACAUGACCUUUGGUAAUAGGAAAGUCCAAUUAAACGUG